CCCUAUUAUGACACAUGAACUCAUAACAUCAGGAGGGUGCCACUAGUAUGCUACUACUUCCCUUUCAUACAUGUCAUUGCUGUUAUUCCUGUUGUUGUCCUCCAUUAAUACUGUGUCCUUCUACUGCUUCACAGGACAGCCACCAUCAUCAUCUCAGCCACAAACAACAGAAUGGUGACACCUGCCAUUGCACUUGCCUUCCUGCCCUUCAUUUUGACUCUGAUUAUCCGUUACCGUUACUACAUUUUGCUCUUCUACCGCGCAGUUAUUGUACGCAAGAUACAGGAUUACCGGACAGGAAUGACCAGAGAAGAGAGAGUAUUUCAGUACGUGAUCACGCAUGCUACCCCAGGAUACCCUGACAGCAUUCUCGACACCUUUGAUCACUGGUGUUAUAACUUUGAGUACAUUAGUAAUGUGGGACCUAAAAAGGGUAAGUUACUGGACCGCCUGAUUUCUGAAAAUAAUCCAGUGAAUGUCUUGGAACUAGGGACGCAUUGUGGAUAUGCAGCUGUACGCAUAGCAAACAACCUCCCUCUAGGAGGCAGGCUUUAUACUGUGGAAAUGGAUACAAAGAAUGCUGCCAUUGCAGAAAAAAUUGUUCGCUUGGCUGGUUUUGAUGAUGAUGUGGUUGAACUUAUUGUUGGUGUAUCUGAAGAGGUCAUUCCUCAAUUUAAGGACAAGUAUGAGGUGGACUGCUUUGAUUUUGUGUUUAUGGACCACUGGAAACGUUGCUAUUUGAGAGAUUUGCAGCUACUUGAAGAAGAACGUCUGCUCAGAGAGGGAACAAUUAUCUUGGCAGACAAUGUUAUCUUUCCUGGAGCCCCUCAUUUCCUGCAGUAUGUCAAGACAUGUGGGAAAUACCAGUGCAAAGUUCACCGAGCUCAUUUGGAAUAUUUUAAAUCAAUCCGGGAUGGAAUGGCAGAGCUCACCUAUGUAGGACUGCAUACAACAUUACUUCCUCAUGAUUCAGAUGGUAUGAAAGAGACAGAAAAUGCAUUUACACUUAAGCAAAUUCUCUAUUGAGAGCAGCAACUGAGGAAUCAUUCUACUAUGCAUAGACUCCAUUAUACCUAAUGCCAGUUAGAUCGAUUUAAUAUUAAACGUUGUGACAUGGAGAGGGCCUGAAAUGUGAUUGGUACUGGAAUUUUCAUUUUUUUCAAACCUACCAUCAUACAAGUACAUUAAAAUGUCUGCAACCAAGUUACAACUCAUUGUAGUUUGUUUCAAUAUUCUCUAAAUGCAAAAGUUCUGAUACCUAUCUUAUUAACAAAGCACAUUCAAGUGAUUUAACCAGUCAACUUACCUUGUAAAGUAUAAAAAUAUUGUCAUUUA